AAAACAUAUUUAGAAAUUGCCUUUGGAUCUUUUAGCAAUAAUGCCUAAAUUCGGAGCAUCGGCCAUAUCGGAGUCCAUCUCCUUUUCUUUUCUGGAAUUUUUGGCCAGCGUAGUGUUACGUGAGACGCAGGAGCUGGAAACUGAUUUCCAUACUCAUGUGACGAGCUUACGUGAGAAAUUACAAGACCUCCGAGAGAAUGAGCAGAAUUUAAUUGAAAUUGAUGGAUUUACCGAACUGCUCAAGAACUGUGUGAUGACUGUGCCCCUAGAAUUAAAUCAGAACGAGUGUGACAUUCUCGGUAUUGAGAGACCGCUCAGACAAAUCGAACAAUUUUAUACGAUGUUCAGCGGAGAGGAACGCAAUAUAAUCACUUGCAGUAACUAUAUGGAUCUCUUAAAGUUACUCCUCUCCGUUAACUCUUCGAUGGAACAGUGCAAUAGCGAAAAGACUGAGUUGGAGGAAUAUAAAAAGGAAAGCUUCAAGCACACAACUUCUCAAAAUCUACCCGCACAGAUUUUAAGCAUUAUGGAAUGUCAUGCCAAAGCUUUGGAGAGAAUGGGACAGCAAAUCACUGAACUCCAGGAACAAAGUAAUAAAAUUACCAAAAGUUUUGAGCAUAUAGCUCAUAAUAUGGGAGUGCCUAGUGCCACCUCUCAAUUAUGCUGCGAAAUGGCCAAGGAAGUGGAAGAUGCCUUUGAGGAUUUAUAAAUUUUAUUUUGGAUGUUUUAACAUAAUAUUUCUUUUCCAACAGUGAUGCUUAAUUAAUGGAAACCGUACAUAAUGCCAAUGUAUAUGUUACACAUGUAAAUGCAAUUAAAAUUACAGUUGAUAACUGA